CGUCCCCCCUCCUUUCUCCUCCUCUCCCCCGGACCCCUCGGUUGUGUGAAGCGCGCACGCGUGCCAAACUGCGUGGGAAUGGCUGUUGGUGCUUGGGAUGGAUGGAGUGGGUUGGGCCGAGCGGAGCCAGCCGAGCGCUACAUGAGUUUCUAAUGUCCGCCAUGUUGGCCAUGGCGCAUUGAACCGGGGAGGGAGAGCGGAGCGCCACGGGAAACCACACCGACACAGAACCACCGAGACGCGGGCCCGCCCGGCUCUCCUCGCGCUGCUACGCACCCGAGGCCGGCCCCGAUCGAGCCGCUCGCUCCAGGAGACCCUCCCGGAUCCAUCCAUGACAACUACAGGCACAAUUCCUCGCAGAUAGACUCGAUUUAUGCUGCAUCUUGUCAUUUUAAUAUUACAACAAUGAGUAAAUUGUCGUUUCGGGCGCGGGCGCUGGAUGCUAGUAAGCCUCUGCCCGUCUUCCGCUGCGAGGAUUUACCGGACCUGCACGAAUAUGCUUCGAUAAACCGGGCAGUGCCGCAGAUGCCGACCGGGAUGGAAAAGGAGGAAGAAUCGGAGCAUCAUCUCCAGCGGGCCAUCUCGGCGCAGCAGGUCUACGGCGAGAAGCGGGACAACAUGGUCAUCCCCGUGCCCGAGGCCGAACGCAACAUCACGCACUAUGAGUCCCUCUACCCCGGGGAGUUCAAAAUGCCAAAGCAGCUUAUUCACAUACAGCCUUUCGGUCUGGAUACAGAGCAGCCAGACUACGACCUCGAUUCAGGGGACGAGACUUUUGUGAAUAAGCUAAAGAAGAAAAUGGAAAUCACCGCAAUGCAGUUUGAAGAAAUGAUUGACCGCCUGGAGAAAGGCAGCGGACAACAGUUUGUCAGUCUCCAGGAGGCCAAGCUGCUGCUGAAGGAGGAUGACGAGCUGAUCAAGGAAGUGUUUGACUACUGGAGCCGCAAGAGGAAGGUGUGCAAGUUUGGCACCUUCGUCUCCAACGUCAAGCAGGAGAAGCGGGACGGCUCCAGCACCAGCGACCCCUACGUGGCCUUUCGGAGACGGACGGAGAAGAUGCAGACCAGGAAGAACCGUAAGAAUGAUGAGGCGUCAUACGAGAAGAUGCUGAAGCUUCGCAGGGACCUCAGCCGCACCGUCACCAUCCUGGAGAUGAUCAAGAGGAGGGAGAAGAGCAAGAGGGAAAUGCUCCACCUCACGCUGGAGAUUGUGGAGAAGAGAAACACCAUGCCCGACUUUGGCACCGAGGUGAUGGCAGAGGCGCUUGCCCAGCAGGCUCUGGUGAAGCCCGUCUACACCAUCCCCAUCAUUCCCAGUGCCAACCAAUACCGACACCAGGACCACUUGGACAUGAAGGACUAUAAGAAGCAGGAGAAGACGGAGAUAGUGCGAACCAAAAGAAAAUAUGAAAAGAAGCCCAAGAUCCCCCCUCUGUCUGCGCCCCAUCACACGGGACCCUCGGUGUUCAAUCUCAAGGACCUCAACCAGUAUGACUUUCCCAGUUCUGACGAUGAACCCUUCUCACAGAUUCAUUCAGGUUCUUCAGAGGCAGAAGAAGAGAACGACCCAGAUGGCUGCUACGCAUUCAGGAGGAAGGCUGGCUGUCAUUACUACGCUUCAAGUCCCGGCCAGAGUGACAGCUGGCCGUGGGUGAGCCCGCUGGAGGGCGGCCUCGGUCACCCGCGCUUCCGCUACUGUCUGACCUCCCUGAACGCGCCGCGGCGCUGCGUCGGCCUGGCUCGACGCCGCGUGGGCCGAGGAGGCAGGUUCUUGUUGGAUCGAGCGCACGCCGACCUCGACGCCGUCUGUCAGUACCUGGACUCGGACCCGCAGCCCAAAUCCUUCUCCUCGCCACUUCCAAACUCUCCGCUCCGCAACUCCAGUACCUCAGAAACCGAUACCUCGGACCCUAGCGGCUCUUCCCGCCCUCUCGACUCCGCCGCCUCAUUGUCGCCGUCGUCCGGCAUGACCGUCGACCUCAGCCGGAUUCUUUUGAACAUUAAAUCGUGCCGCUGGAGGCAUUUCCGACCACGGACGCUAUCCCAGCACAUGUCGGGUGCGGGGGACUUGUCGCUUAAAGGAUUUGGGGAUUUUAGUCGGGCCGUAUCGGGACUAACUAGGAGCCUGUCUGGAGGAUCCUUCUCACAGAACCGCACCGGUCCAGCUGCUCCUGUCAAAAUGUUCACGGUGGAGCAGUACCAGCAGCACCGAGAGCAGCUGGCCGUCAUGCUGGAGCAGAGCCAACAUCAGCAGCAGCAACAGCAGCAACAACAGCAAGAAGACAAACAACAACAGCAGCAGCGGCGGCAAAAGGAGCAGCAGCGUCAACAAAUCCAACACACCAACAACUCCCUAUGCGUAACCAGCCCGCUUAUCAGUCAGGUUCUGGUGUCCAAGACCUUAGACCAGGCCAGCGCCCAGUUUGCAGCCUCGGCACUCGUCACCGCCGACCAGCUGCUGGCCUUCAAGUCCAAAGAGGAGCUGGUGGUGGCCAGUGGGGUUAACGGCGUACUGGGAGCAGGCGUGUUGAAAGGUUUGCAUCUGUCCAGCACGGCCGCAGCGCUUCACCCCGGCCACCAGCCGCCCACGCCGGCAGCCCACGCUUUCUCGCAGCCCUCGCCACAUCCGGCCACCCCUCCAGCCGCCACCAAGGCCGUCCCCGUCUCCCUGGCGGCCGCCCCCGGCAACCACGCGCCGUUGGGCCUGCUGGGGUGCGGCCCGGCCGGCGCCGCCCCCCCCGCCGCUCAGGUGCUUAUCGGGAGCAACAUCUGUCUGAGCGUCCCAUCGGCCGCCAAUCUGGCGGGGCGCCACCUGCCCCGUGCCCUGGCCGGCGUGCCGCCCUCUGCCUUAAAACUGUCCACCGCCAACAACCUGCAGAAGCCCAAAGUCUCUGCCACGCCGUCCAUGGACAUCAACUCCAGGGAGAAGCGCGAGGAGGACAAAUCGUCACUGAACAGCAUAGCAGACAACACAGUGGCCAUGGAAGUGACGUAGUGGCGGGUGAGGGGGGCUGGAUCUUUGGAGUGUUCCGGUGCUGUGCACCGGAGCGUCAUGGGCGUGGAGGGGAUGCCAAAAGGGACUGCUGGGAUGACGAGCGCAUCGCCGAUGUCGUCGUCGUCCUUUUUAAAACGUGUUGGUUUUUUUUCCUCUCUCUCUCUCUCUCUCUCUCUCUCUCUUUUGUUACGGUUAAGAGACGUGCGUGGUGUACAUUGUGCAUAUGUGUACAGUAAGGACUUAUUUGUACAUACCACUUGAAUACACAACUGUCCGUUUGUGAUGUUUUGCACUUGGAGUGAAAAAGAUGAAGAAAAAGGAGAAGUCUGUGGCGUGCGUGUGUGACUGAGUUGUAUAGAGACGUUUUAUCACGUGCAUGGUGCGAGCUGCUGCUUUUGAUCUAUUUAUUGUGCCGUGUUUACACUUUUUUUAUAUUUGGAUUUUUAUUAUUUGUACACUGUACCUUUGUUUGCUUCCUGUGCUCUUGUACAUGUUAGCCGGCCGCAGACUCCUGGGUGUCGUUCUUACAUUGUCAACACCAACAUGUUGUAAGGAAAAGAUGGCAGGCGGCGUUGACGUAUUCAAACAGGGAUGAAGUCUCUUCCCAGAAGCCUUUGCCGCUUCGUUUUAAAGCACUAUUUUUGUGAUGUUUUUUUUUUCCGUUGAUGGCUUUUUUUUUUUUUUUUUUUGAUAACGACGAUGCUGCUUUUUGUAUUUUGGGUUUGAAGGGGAUCAUCCUUCAUUAUUUCAUGCAACAAAGCCCCAGUUUUCUGUUUAUUUUAUUUUUUAAAUCUCACCGAAUUUUUUUGUAUCCAGAGUUAUUUUUGUAUUUUGUGUUCUUGUGGUAAACUCGAUUGUAAGCGUUUAAAAGUCAUGGUUUGGUUCAUUCAAUGCACGAAAAGGGAGGUGUUUCAUCAUUCCAGUUUUUAAAGGGGGGGUCAAAAUAAGGGGAUGAUGCCCCCCCUUUUUUUCCUCUCUCUUCUUUUUCUUCCCCCUCUUUCUCCUCUAUUUCUUUCUUUGGGAAACAAACAAGAAUCUGUCCAGACGGCUAUGAGGCCAUCAAAACCACAAGUAUUUUUGGGUGCCUUCCUUUGGGGAAUUUCAUGUCCUCUCUUCUGUGAAGAGUCCGGCACAAAGGCAGCGUUACUUAGUAGUGCUCGUGCACUUUGUGGGGGGUGGGGGGUUGGGGGCAAUCUUGAACGCCGGCUCGGCUGGCAGGAUGUAUCCUUGCGGUUUACUUGUCCCACCUGGAAGCUGAAAAGAUGUUUAAAAAAAAAAAAGUAAAGAAAAUGUGACGGAACUCUCACUAAAAAAAGACAAUAAAGCCCAGGGCAUUAAAUGUGA